GGGAGAAAGGCAGAAGUUGCCUCCACCAUGGCUGGAACAAAGGCACUUCUGACACUGGGAAACUUCAUUAAUGGAAAGUUUGUACCUUGUAACUCCUAUAUCGAUUCUUAUGAUCCGUCUACGGGGGAUGUGUACUGCAGAGUGCCAAACAGUGGAAAAGAAGAGAUUGACGCCGCGGUGGAGGCAGCCAGAGCAGCCUUCCCGGGCUGGUCGGCCCGGAGCCCGCAGGAGCGCUCGCAGGUGCUGCACCGGCUGGCCGAUCUGCUAGAGCAGUCCCUGGAGGAAUUGGCGCAGGCGGAAUCCAGGGACCAAGGGAAAACCAUAACACUGGCAAGAACCAUGGACAUUCCCCGGUCUGUGCAGAACUUCCGUUUCUUCGCCUCCUCCAUCCUGCACCACACGUCCGAGUGCACGCAGAUGGACCACAUGGGCUGUCUGCACUACACAGUGCGGGCCCCUGUGGGGAUCGCCGGUCUGAUCAGCCCCUGGAAUUUGCCACUCUACUUGCUGACCUGGAAGGUGGCACCGGCCAUUGCUGCUGGCAAUACUGUGAUAGCCAAGCCCAGCGAGCUGACGUCGGUGACUGCGUGGAUGAUGUGCAAACUCCUGGAGAGAGCAGGUGUCCCACCAGGUGUGGUAAAUAUUGUGUUUGGGACGGGGCCCAGGGUCGGCGAGGCCCUGGUGUCCCAUCCAGAGGUACCCCUCAUUUCCUUCACGGGGAGCCAGCCCACAGCUGAGCGGAUCACACAGCUGAGUGCUCCCCACUGCAAGAAGCUGUCCCUGGAGCUGGGGGGCAAGAACCCUGCUAUCAUCUUUGAGGACGCCAACCUGGAGGAGUGCAUUCCAACGACUGUCAAGUCCAGCUUCGCCAACCAGGGUGAAAUCUGCCUCUGUACCAGCAGAAUCUUUGUCCAGAAGAGCAUCUAUAGUGAAUUUUUGGAGAAGUUUGUAGAAGCUACCAGAAUGUGGAAAGUUGGCAUUCCUUCUGAUCCGUCAGCCAGCAUGGGAGCUCUGAUAAGUAAAGCUCAUUUGGAGAAAGUCAGAAGUUACAUCAAAAAAGCCCAGAUGGAAGGGGCCCAGAUUCUGUGUGGUGAGGGGGUGGACACAUUGAACCUCCCCCGCAGGAAUCAAGCAGGAUACUUUAUGCUUCCCACAGUGAUAACAGACAUUAAGGAUGAAUCUUGCUGCAUGAAGGAAGAGAUAUUUGGGCCAGUGACAUGUGUUGUCCCCUUCGAUAGUGAAGAGGAAGUGAUUCAAAGAGCCAACAGCGUUAAAUACGGACUGGCAGCCACAGUGUGGUCCAGCAACGUGGGCCGUAUCCACCGGGUGGCUAAGAAGUUGCAGUCAGGCUUGGUCUGGACCAACUGCUGGCUCAUCAGAGAGCUCAACCUGCCUUUUGGGGGGAUGAAGAGUUCUGGGGUAGGUCGAGAAGGAGCCAAGGACUCUUACGAAUUUUUCACGGAAAUCAAAACCAUCACCAUUAAACACUGACCUUGGCCGGUGGAGAAGCUGUUAUGGUCCAUUCCUGGCUGCAGAGGAUCAGUCGUCCAAUGCAGUGAGCAGAUGUGCCGGCAUAAAAUCCAGCCAUAUCUUGGCUCCACGGGUUUUCUCUACCCUAUCCUCAGUAGUCUGUACUUUUAUUCGUUGUCAGAGAGGAUGUCUGUUUUCACUGUGAAGUCAAAGAAGAGACUUCUGAGCAGGAAGUCACAAAAAGGAAGCCAAAUAAUCAUCAGGUUCCUUCUCUGUUGUGUCUUUGCUCUAGUUUUUUUCAUCGUUUUGAUCGAA